GACCACAAGUAAAAUUUCUAGCUCUCCCUGUCACCCUCUUUUUUUCUAAACUCUCUCUCAUCAAUUUAUCAUCUAAACUUCUAAAGCAGCAGUAGCCAAGACUAGACGAUGGAAACAACUGGCUCUACCGCCACUGAAGGAGUGCCCUCGGUGGAAAUUUCUAUCCCUACAGAGCAACGUUCUUUUAGUUACGAUCACUAUUAUCAGACCACAGAUUAUGGUAGGAACCUUGAUUUAUAUCGACCUUUAUUAGAAGCUGCAAUGGAGAAUAAGUGGACAUCAGUGACAGAUUUAAUCAAUAAUCACCCCAGUUCAGUGGAAGUUCCCAUCACAAUAUGCGGAAGGACUGCAUUGCAUAUUGCAGCUGGUGCAGGACACUCAACAUUUGUACUAAAACUGGUUGAACUCAUGCCCGCAGAAGCACUUGAAUUGAAAGAUAAAUACGAUGGUAAUACAGCUCUUCAUCUUGCUGUUAUUGCUGGCCUUGAUGACGCUGUUAAACAAAUGGUACAAAAAAAUAGAAACUUAACACGUGUAUGUAACAAAAAGGGAUUGAAUCCGCUACUCAAUGCUGCUAUUCAUGUCACUGUAAAGCAUAGAGAAAUUAUUAGUUUCCUAUCCGGUGUUAUGAAAGAUGAAGAACCAAGUAACUUUCGAGAUCAUUUGGGAGCUUAUCUCAUAUGCAGUAUAACUCGUGCUGGUAUAUACGAAUUGGCUUAUAAUCUAAUUCGUGAACACCCAAGUUUAGCAACUGCACAGGAGGAUAAUGGAAACACCAUGCUAGAUGUUUUAGCAGAGGACUGUAAUGUGCAAAGGCCAGCCUUUGUUCGACAAUCGGCAAUGUAUUUCCAAUUAUCACGUACGCGGCAGUACAGAUUUAUCGAUAAGCCAUCUACAUUUCUCGAAAUGCUAUUCUAUCCUGGCCCCAUUUAUCGAGGUUUCCGCAGUGAACAAUUGAGAUCUUCUAUUAUUCUCCCUGAAUUGGUAAAAAUAAUAUUUGAAGAGGUGUCGCAUAUGUCCAAGGAAGACAUGUAUCCUUUUUUCUUCCGUUCGAAUUUCCUAAAAAUUGCGGCAGAAACAGGUUCAAUUGAAAUUUUAAAAAGGUGUAUAUCAACUUAUCCGGAUCAGCUUUGGUUUCCUCGGGAGGGAAGAAACAUAUUUCAAUUAGCUGUCGAAAAUAGACAAGACAAUAUCUUUGAUUACCUGUAUGACCACAUGAACGCAGAUGAGAAGAUUUUAACUACUCGCACUGUAGAUUCAAACGGCGGUAACAUCUUACAUGUUGCUGCAAAAAUUGCGCCUCCUUCUCGACUAAACAUUUAUUCUAGGCCUGUUCUUCAAAUGCAAAGGGAAAUUAAUUGGUACAAGAAGGUGGAGAAUAGGGUACCACCUGCUUUAAGAAAAAUGAGAAAUGAUCAAGGAGAAACUCCUCCAGAGGUUUUUACUCGGGAGCACAAAGAUUUGGUGAAAAAUGCAGAGGCAUACAUGAUACGUACAGCCGAAUCGUGUCUAAUAGUAGCCGCUCUGGUAGCUACUGUUGCUUUUGCGGCAGCAUUCACAGCACCUGGUGGGAAUUUCAGUGACAGUGAUGCAACUAACAAAGGAAAGCCAAUAUUCUUGGGAAAGAAGUCAUUCCUAUUAUUUAUGGUGUUAGAUGCUCUAGCUCUAUUUUCUUCCACUUAUUCAAUUCAAGUGUUCUUAUCUGCCUAUGGUAUGACUCAUUCAGAAGCAAGAUACCAGAGUGUAAUACCGACAAAGCUGAUGAUGGGUUUUGUAUGCCUUAAAAUAUCAGUGGUUAGUGUGAUGAUUGCAUUUAGCAUAGCGCUUUCAAUUAUUCUUGGGAAUACGUAUGUAUGGGCUCCAUAUGUAAUAGGUGGGGUUGCCUGUUUUUGUUCCUCUCCCUCCUUGGGUUAUCUGUUCGGGUUGCGUUUAAAUCAUGUGGCAAUUUAUUAUCCAAAAAACUUUUAAUAGCCACUGAUGUAAUAUAUAGAUAUACAAGUUCUGUAAGCCCGUGCAUUUCAUCAGUAUGAUUUUGUAAGCAGUUUUCCUAUAA